AUGACUGGCUUACCAGAAAAUAUGCAGCGUAUUAUCACACCACGGUAUGAACAAAUUGUUAAUGAAAUUGACCUAUUAUACCAUCGCUCAGAUAACGGCCUUUUAGCAAUAAGUCAACGUUUGGGAGUACAAAUAAUGGCACCGAAUAAAAAAAUUAAUAUUUUAUUAAUUGGAAAUCAUUCAGCUGGUAAAUCAUCGUUAAUCAAUUGGUAUAUUGAAGAUAAUGUUCAACGAACAGGAGUAGCAAUUGAAACACAGGGUAUUUCAAUAAUUCAAAGUGGAAAACGACGAGAAACGCUAAUGGGUCCAGCAACAUUACAUUUGUUUCCGUAUUUACAUCCAUUAUCAAAUAUACAUGGCUUACUCAAUUAUUUAACAACUGAAAUAAGUUCGUCUAAACAAAGAAAGUUCCCUAUGGUGACAUUUAUUGAUACACCAGGUCUGGUUGAUGGUCAAAUGGCGUAUCCAUUUGAUGUCGAUCAAGCAAUUUUGUGGUUCGGUCAUCAUGUUGAUUUAAUAUUCGUGUUAUUUGAUCCAAUUGGUCAAGCACUUUGCAAAAGAACAUUAAAUUUAGUUGAAAAAUUAAACAAAUUUAAUCCUGAGAAAAUGCAUUAUUAUUUAGCUAAAGCUGAUGAAGCAGGCACAGAUCGUGAUCGUCAUCGUGUUUUAAUGCAAAUUGUUCAAAAUCUCUGUCGACAACCCGAAAUAUCAAAAACAUCAUUUGAUAUGCCAACAAUAUAUUUACCUGAUUUAGCCAAAGAAACACGUUGUACAAAUCAAAUAAAUGAAGUUUGUACAACAAUUGAUCAUGCUGUAUUUAGUGGUGUUCAAAAAUCAUUGAAUACAUUGCAACUAGAUUGUAAAAAUUUAAUCAAAUGUAUAACAGAUAAAUUGAGUUCAGACGGAGUUACUCGUUAUCAUCAACGUCGUUGGAAUAUAAAAUUAUAUAUAUUUCAAUUAUUUUCAAUUUUAUUUUUGUUUCUUUCAUCUCUAUUAUUUAUUCGACGACAUGUAAUCUCAUGGUUUAAUGAUGAUACAUCCGCUAUUCCAUCAACAUUUGCUUAUUUAUCAAUUUUAGAAACAGUAUUUACUCGUAUUGGUAAUGGAUUUUUUUAUCCAUCUGAUCAUCUUCUUUUGUUAUUUGCAUUCAUUAACCUUCUAUUAUUUUUUCUUGGACAAUUUUUUCUACGACGACAAUCACCAGUCUUAAGUUCACGCGAACAAAAAUUGUACUCAAAUUAUAAACAUUAUUUAGAGACAAAUGUUCUUGUCAAAGAGAAAGAAUUAUAUGAAAGUUUUUUGUCUGAAACAAUUGAUUAG